AUGUCUUUUGUCAAGCUGAGCAUAUUUGGCACCUCUUUCGAGGUAACUACUCGUUAUGUCGAUCUGCAGCCCGUUGGAAUGGGGGCAUUCGGUCUUGUCUGCUCUUCUAAGGAUCAACUCACUGGGUCUUCUGUUGCCAUCAAGAAGAUUAUGAAGCCCUUCAGUACCCCAGUUUUGAGCAAACGAACAUACCGUGAGCUCAAGCUCCUCAAGCACAUACAACACGAGAAUAUAAUCAGCCUUAGCGAUGUAUUCAUCUCGCCACUUGAAGAUUUGUAUUUCGUUACCGAACUCCUUGGAACCGACCUCCAUCGACUGCUGACAUCGCGACCUCUGGAGAAACAGUUUGUCCAAUACUUCCUGUAUCAGAUUCUGCGUGGACUAAAAUAUGUUCACUCUGCGGGCGUCGUGCACCGAGACCUCAAACCUAGUAAUAUUCUUGUCAACGAGAACUGCGACUUGAAGAUAUGUGAUUUCGGAUUAGCCCGGAUCCAGGACCCCCAAAUGACAGGCUAUGUCUCAACACGAUAUUACCGCGCCCCUGAAAUUAUGUUAACCUGGCAAAAGUACGAUGUUGCGGUCGACAUUUGGAGUACAGGCUGCAUAUUCGCAGAGAUGCUCGAAGGCAAACCCUUGUUCCCUGGGAAAGACCAUGUCAAUCAGUUUUCCAUAAUCACUGAACUAUUGGGUACUCCUCCAGAUGAUGUCAUUGAAACUAUCGCGAGCGAAAACACUCUCCGCUUUGUGCAAAGUCUGCCCAAACGCGAGCGCGUGCCUUUCAGCCAGAAACUCCGAACUACCGAUACGGAUGCCUUGGAUCUUCUAGAAAAGAUGCUGGUCUUCGACCCUCGGAAACGCAUAGAUGCUGCGGAGUCACUCGCUCAUGAAUAUGUGGCGCCGUAUCAUGAUCCGACCGAUGAACCUGUAGCUUCUGAGAAAUUUGAUUGGAGUUUCAAUGAUGCCGACCUCCCCGUUGACACGUGGAAGGUCAUGAUGUACAGCGAGAUUCUGGAUUUCCAUCAGGUUGGGGACACGUCCACAUCAGCGAGCGGUAUACCCGAAGGUGCACUAGCAGGACCAGACGCACCAGCAGGAACUACACCAGCAAAGUGA